AAAAUAAAGUUCUCUCGAUAUCCAAUGGCGUCGUCGAAAAGAAGAUGGCGGCGCACAGUCGAGUUUUUCUCCCUUUCCGUUUUGCAAUUUUGAAAACACCUCAAAUUCUAGGAGUUCAUACGAGAUUUAUUCCUCCUCAAGCAGAGAAUUGCAGCAGAAUAUCAUACAAUCAUGGAGAUCGAGGAACAUCAAAUGGAGAAGAAUGGACACCUCCGCUGUACCGCGAACACCAACCAACAUCGCUGUUUCAGAAAGCCCUGCUGACUGUGGGAUCCGCAGCUGUUGCGAUAACAAACCCCCACAGACAUGACAUGAUUGCAGUGUUAGGAGAGACAACAGGCUACUAUGCCCUCAUUAGAAUACGGGACCAGAUGAAAGCAGAUCCAGUUGGUCAGCAGAUUUUAAGUGAGAGACCGAGAAUUAACACAAGGACAAUAGACCUUGAAGAACUGAGAGCUCUACCAGAAGGAACCUUUGGCAAGGAGUAUGUCAACUGGCUGGACAGAAAUGAUGUAACCCCCGACUCCCGCGCCCCUGUAAAGUUUGUUGACGACGAAGAGCUAGCCUACGUGAUCCGGCGGUACAGAGAGAUCCACGACCUCUUCCACACGCUACUGGGCAUGCCCACCAACAUGCUAGGGGAGUGUACAGUCAAGAUGUUCGAGGCUGUCCACACCGGGCUGCCCAUGUGUGCAAUGGGAGCUGUAUUCGGUCCUAUACGUCUGUCAUCCAAACAGAGAUGGAAGCUGAGGAACUACUACUUUCCCUGGGCAGUGAAGGCUGGUUACAGUGCCAAGUGCCUUAUGAACGUCUACUUGGAAAGGAGAUUUCACGAACCACUAGAAGAACUGAAAGCCGACUUGAACAUCCCAUCACCUCCACAUAUACCCAAAAGUACUGACAAUAAUAAUACCAGACUUAACAGAAGAUAACAGUUAAACAUGUAUUGUAAUGUAUGUGUAUGAAAUCUGGAGCAUGAAAUUAUCGGUAGGUUUCAAUAUAGUCAGUAUGCAUAACUGUAUACUAUGAGUAUAGAGUGGUUCAUGCCAUUGUGUGAGUGUCACAUAGGAGAGUAUUUGUACAAUUUAUGUGUACAUUUUAUCCGUGUAGGAAAAAUAUAGUGUGGAUUGUGAACAUAAAAUAAAGUGUUCAAAUAUGCAGAAACGUUGCCUGUUUUCUAUCGGUACUCCCAUGGCCAUUGUUGUUCUGAUGAUCUCACACUAGUUGUCCCUCCAUUGAGAGCCUUCGGUGAAACAUAAGGUUCUCUUAACCCGCAUAAUUGUACUGUUUCAUUAGCAUUGUCAAAGUCCUUUUAUCGCGCGCAAGCUUCUUUCCUCGGACUGCCAAACUGUGGAAUUACUCUCAGAGCAUGGCAGCUGUUUCCAUCCUGUAUACAAUCUUCAAGCCUUCAAAACCAGAGUUCACCGCUAUCUGCUAGCAUACUAACUUCCACCAUCCAUCUACUUAGUUCAUUAUCUAGAAGUGGUCAAAUGGCCUCGCAUUGAAUAAAACUGUGAAAAAAAUAUCAUGCCUAUGUUGCCUAAAGCUCCUUGCUCAAAGCUUACUCAAUUUGUAAAGAACAAUAUAUUGCUAAUCUCUACACAACUGCUUACGCUGGCUAUUAUAUGGAGAAUAAUUUGCUAGAGGAGUUUUACUACCAGAGGAUUUGGUUGGCCGCGACCUUAGCAAUUGGACUGACUCCCAUGGCCUUUUUGCCGAAUUCUGCGAUCCCAUACCCCCGUAGGAAGGCCUGGUGGAGGCUACUACAUUGGUCAAUAUUGACCUUGGUACAAAGAAAAGAACAAUGUCACCCCAAAAAUGCUACGAAGCAAACAAUUAUAACAACACACUGUUCUCUUCUUCAUUUAUUCAAAAAACAGCCAUUUGCAAUUGGAUGUAAAACAGCCCCCAUCUUUUGGAACUAAUGUUAUAAAACAGCACAUAUACCUUCAGUGCUUUAUGCUUCAGCUACAACACAAGAAGAUACUGUCUUAAUCAUUGUAAUUAUAACAAAACAAAGUUAAAACCUAGAAUGUAUACCUUUACCAAUCAGAGAAGUCUGUCGGUGCUGUAACUACCCAUUACUGAAACAUGCGAAACUCCGACGUUUUGACAGGUGCCAAAUAGGAAAAUUUAGUGCUAACAACAAGGAGCUUUUAUCAGGAUAAAAGCUCCUUGCUAACAAGGACCUCCUUGGUGCUAAGUUUUUUUUACUCUAUCUUAUGUCCCUUAGAUUUGUGCAUAUUACUGUUACCUAUAUGUCUAUGCAGCUAUGCAGUUAAUUUGCUAAGAUAUCUAUACACUUAGAUCCCUCCAGACUGAGUCCACAGGUCUUCUGGCUGUUUUCUAUUGAAAGCUGUAGCAGAUGAAAACUGUCAUAUAACGGUAGGAAAGAGUUGCUUAAGAUUCAAUGAUGGAGAAAUCUUCAACAUAAACAACAAAUUUGAAUGGAAACUUCCUAAAUCAACAGAAAAUAACACUUUAACUACUUCUAUGAUGCUAGUUAUAACACAAGCUCUUUCAGUGAGAUGUUUUUACAUAUAUGUCAACUGUGUCAGAUACAGCUAUAAUAUUAAUGUUAACAGUAAGGCUGAUAUCUUGAUAGUCCUUUAGGUUACACUAUGUUUGCAUUGUGGCAGCUAAGGUUAAUAGGUUUUGCAGUAAGACCCUUCUUAAGUAUGGCUGCCAUGGAUGUGAAUCAAAAGAUCUUGAAUUGUUUCUUUUACUUUAAGCUAUGAUUCUUACUGAUUGUUAACAUGUUACCGUUACAUUAAAUCCUGAAUACAUGUAGCACUUUUACAUUUGCAGAAAUGUACAGGUUUUGCAGACACUUUCACUUCUUUCAGACAUAAGGUUGGAAUUGUGCCAGCUAUGCACCAAAUCAGUGACAUCACCAAAAUGUGUGCACUUGGCUGCACUCACUAUUGAUGAUGUCAUUGGUUGAUACACAGCAAAUCACAUUCUUAGAGCUGUCUAUAACAUUCUCUGCACAAGGUACUAGCUGUGAUGCAAUGGACUUAUCCUGACUGUCAAUCACAAUUAGCAGCUCCACCAAUGAGAGAUUGUUAAUUAGGGUUUCGACCAAUAGCGUUUUGUCUGUUAAAUAUUUGUGUUUCUACAUUUUGACAG